CAGGCCUUGUUUACAUGCGAUCUCGUUGGUGCCCGUGGUGACGUCACAGGGAGUGCGCAGGCGCUGUUGUGUUCAGGCCGCAGCCCAAGGAACGCGACAGGACUGUGUCAGUCAACAAGGCUGGAGUGGGGUCGGCGGGCUGCGAGGUUGAACCCCUUCUUUCCUGUAGCCACCUGCUCAUACUGAAGCCACACAUCCCCCAGCGGUGGCCCCAGGAGCCUCCUAAUAGGACCCCAGGAGCCAGGGCCACUUCCCUAUAGGAACAUUCACCUCUCUUUAUAAGGGCUCCCCAAACACCAGGCGCUCCCUGUCCGGCCCUAGGAGACCAACUACAUCGUGUUCCUCUGCCUCCUCCUGCCCACGAGCCUCGGUCUAAGAAGGGCCCCUGGCUUCUACGUACCUCAGACAAGAGCCGGUCUAAGGGCACAUGGGUUCUAGGUACAUCAGACAAGAGCCGGUCUAAGGGCCCCUGGGUUCUAGGUACUUCAAACAAGAGCCAGUCUAAGGGUACGUGGGUUCUAGGUACAUCAUACAACAGCCAGUCUAAGGGUACGUGGGUUCUAGGUACAUCAUACAACAGCCAGUCUAAGGGCCACUGGGUUCUAGGUACAUCAGACAAGAGCCAGUCUAAGGGCCCAUGGCUUCUAGGUACCUCAAACAAGAGCCAUUCUAAGGGCCCCUGGGUUCUAGGUACAUCAUACAAGAGCCAGUCUAAGGGCUCCAGAGAUAAAGAACCCUACUGAGAGGGUCAUUGGGGGCUCCAUUUAUGGGGUGACUGUAGGCUGAACCCAGAAAUCAAGAUCCCUUCAAUUAGGGGAGACUGUAACCUGUACCCCAGGGGAACAAAUUCUUGUAAUCUGAGGGAACUCCUGUAGGAACAAUUGUACUUUUGUCUUUUCAGCGGUUCCCCACACUACAUAGAAAUAUGGGCCCUAGAAAUGUCUGGUGCGACUAUAUUGUGACCCUGAAUCUGGGGGAUCCUGCACACUACACCUGGGGGUAUUCACCCCAUGGGACUUCUUUAUAGGGUCAGUGCAAACAAACUUGGCAUUGAAGGAAUUCCGUCACUAAUUCAGGGCUUUCUACUCAUGUUCCCUCAGUAACGCAAGACACAUUAUAUUCCAGACGCUCAGUAGGGAUUGUGUGUAUCAUUCUUGGUCAGGGGACAUUCUCUUUAUAUUAGGGGAGCACAGUCAUGAAACUGGGGGGUUACAUCACUUUAUUGCAGCCUUCACAAAGUGGCCCUUCAAAAUAACAUCUUCCGUAGGACUUUCUCUUACAAUUAGGAACCCCCCAGCUGACUGCUCCUUGGGCUUCUGGGACUGGCAGAAUUAGGGACAGGUAUUGCCAUGCCUAGCGGGGAGCCAGGGGCCACAACCUAGGAGGAGCCAGGGACCAAAUAUUGAGAGCCUUGGGCAGAGAAUUUGCUACAGGAUGGGCAGAAGACAAGGAGAUACAAGGAGCUGAUUUGGCCUGUGCCCUCAUGAUGAAUGGCAGCAACCCCCCAGAGGGCUUCUGCUGCUCCCCCUCACCCAACUGGAAGGAGUUCUGCGAGAUCCACGCUCAUGCUGCUGCUUUGGACUUUGCCCAGCGUUUUCGGACAUUUCUCAGUGAGAACCCGCAGUAUGCCAUGCCAGGAGCAGAAAGCAGCUUCUCCAGAAGGUUUGCGGAGCAUUUUGUGGAGCACUUUCAGACAGAAGUGAACAAGAGCCAAGUUUCUGAUGGCCCUUCUCCAACUCGCUGCACUAUUGCCCCUUUUACUGGAGUCCAGUCCUCUAAUCGGGACUUGUCUGAGACCUGUAGUGACUCUUCCCUGGCUUCCCCAGUAGAGACACAGCCCAGGCAAGACUCCUCUGGUAUUACCUCUGGACUCUCAAGCAGCCAGUCCCACAGUUCAGAGGACGUGUCCACAUCUUCAACUAGCGCCAAGCCACGGCUGAAGAAAAGGUUCUCUUUACGCAAUGUCAGUCGAAGUGUACGGGGCAGUGUGAGGGGCAUUCUGCAAUGGAAAAGCUCUGCGGAGUCUCCUACUGAGGAGACCACUGGAGCCAACAGAAACUGCAAUUCUUCAGCCAGCAGGACCACCGCGGAAAGGUGGACUCAUAGAUUUGAGAAGUUACGGCUGAGCCGGCCACCCCCCCAUAGAACAGAGCUGAGAGAUGUGAGGCGGGAAGGGGUCCUGAACUUUGUGCUGGCCGAGGAAGUGAACAGUAGCCGGGCCAGGUGGCAGAAGUGCCGACUGCUUCUGCGCAAGUCUGGGGGAGAUCACACAGAAGGUUACCUCUUGGACUUUUACAUUCCUCCUAAGGCCACAAAGCCAAGGGUCAGCAUUCUCUGCUCGUCCAUUGUGGAUGUCCGGACCACAACGCUGCUGGAGAUGCCAGACAAAGAAAACACGUUUGUGCUGAAGACGGAGAGUUCCUGUGAGUACAUUCUAGAGUCCAUGGAUGCUCUGCAGAUGAAGUCGUGGCUGUCUGACAUAGAGGACUGCAUGGUGUCUAGGACCGACCCUGAAACCUCUGGUCUACCUCACAUUAACCAAUCAGAAAGCAGUCGGGAUCUACCUCUUAUACCCAGUGAGAGCAGUGAACUUCUCUGCCAAGGAGCUUAUGGGGCCCUCUCUGACCUCCCCUUGGCUUCCAUCUCCCCCACUUCAGUUUCCAUGACACCCUCAAACUUUGACUCCAUGGAACGUCUCCCCCCAGAAUUGCCACCCAGGGCACCGAUUGACGACAAUGAGAGGCUGGUGAAUCCCAUGGGCCCCCCCUUCCCUGACACCCCUGAUAAUGCAGUGCCAUUCCUCUUCCAGGGGGACCCAGAAGCUGGGGAUGGGGAGCACCCUCUGUGUGAGUAUCAGUGGUUUCAUGGCACCCUAUCAAGACUGAAGGCUGCACAGCUGGUGUUGGCCGGGGGCACUAGCAGCCAUGGGGUGUUCCUUGUGCGACAAAGUGAAACACGGCGGGGGGAGUAUGUGCUGACUUUUAACUUCCAAGGGAAAGCCAAGCACCUGCGUCUGUCACUCAAUGAGGAUGGUCAGGUCCGAGUCCAACACCUCUGGUUUCAGACCAUCUUCGACAUGCUGGAGCACUUCCGUGUUCACCCCAUCCCUCUAGAAUCUGGGGGCUCAAGUGACGUCACGCUCAUCAGUUAUGUGGUGUCUUCUCAGCGGCUGCACGAGACCCCCAGCAGCCGUAACCCACCCCCGCUCCCUCCUCACCCUUUGUCUCUACAUGGGGGUGCUGAUGGGACAGCCCAGCCCCCAUGGCACCCACUCAGUUCCUCCCCACCAGAUGAAGCCACUCCUGAAGCUGCUCAGUAUGAAGAGAGAGCAGCCCCCGUGGAGGAGGAGCAAGAAGAAGGUGGAGUUCAUGUUCAGCAGCUCCACCCAGGAGGAACCAGCUCAGAGGACAUGAGUGAUUCCAGCAGUGCAGCCUCCCGGGCACGAGCAGUGAACAACCAGUAUUCCUUUGUGUGAUUAGUCACAAGUGUGCCACCUGGGCUAGCAGCAGACUUCUUGUGCCCACAGCAUGCCACUGAGUGGCCAGGUACAGACACACUAACAUGGCCGACGCUACUGAGGCUCCACUAAGGCCAGUAGAAGACUUGACAUUGGUUAUACACUACAUACUACUGUGGAUCAGCUUCUCUCUCAGCUCUGUACUGUCAUGUGACCAGGCACUUUGUGUCUCUGUGGGAGGGGCAUUUGUACUCCGCCCCCGCAUAUAAUACACUACAUCCUCAGGGGCGGGUCAUUAGCCACUUAUGGCAGAUAACAUUGGUUCCCUCUUCAAGAUUGGCAUCUGUGUUUAUUCUUUCCAUGUUGAUCCCUUUACAGGUGCCCUUCAUGUGCCCAGCCCUGGCCUUUUUAUUCAGUGUGUAAGUGUGUGUGUAAGUGUGUGUGUGUGUGUGUGUGUGUGUGUGUGUAAGUGUGUGGGGGUAGACUUUGGGAGAUAUCUCAUGGAUGGUGCCAUGAGUUGGUGUGUGGGACCAGGCUACAGGCCAAACAUCAUGUGUUUGGGUGUGUUUACACUUUAGGAUGUGUUCGAUAGAUACAGUGUAUAUCUAUAUAUAUAUAUAUAUAUACACACACACACCAUACAGUGUAUAGAUCCCCAGACACACACUAUAUAUAUAUAUAUUUCUCCAUUUCACUUGUCUUUGGGUUUUUUUUUUUAUUUAUUUUUCUACCAUGGCCUAUCGAGUGUAUGUUCCUUCCUGAUUUCAUCUUUUGUUUGUAAAACUAUAUUUACCUUAAAAUCUAUUGGCUAAAUAUAUCUACAUUAUUUAUUUUACAAAUAUGUUGGAUCGCUUUUAGAUAAAAAAAAAAACGAAAGAAAAAAAAAAACAAAUGGGAGGGAAACACACCAGUUUUUUUCUUUGAAUACAAAAAUGUUUUGUUUAACCAGAUUAAACCUCUUAACUAAA